AUGAUGUUACCAAGCCCGGUCACCUCCACCCCUUUCUCAGUCAAAGACAUUUUGAAUCUGGAGCAGCAGCAGCAGCAACAGCACUUCCACGGCGCGCACUUGCAGGCGGACUUGGAGCACCACUUCCACUCGGCGCCCUGCAUGCUGGCCGCCGCCGAAGGGACGCAAUUUUCGGACGGAGGGGAGGAGGACGAGGAAGAAGAGAGCGAGAAACUGUCCUAUUUGAACUCACUAGCCACAGCCGAUGGCCACGGGGAUUCGGGGCUCUGUCCCCAGAGCUAUGUCCACACGGUUCUGCGAGACUCGUGCAGCGGGCCUAAGGAACCCGAAGAGGAGCCCGAGGUCGUGAGGGACCGGAGCCAAAAAACCUGCCAGCUGAAGAAGCCUCUGGAGGCGCCCGGAGACUGUAAGACGGCGGAGGAGAGCGAGAGGCCGAAGCCACGCAGCCGCCGGAAGCCCCGGGUCCUCUUCUCACAAGCCCAGGUCUUCGAGCUGGAGCGCAGGUUCAAGCAGCAGCGGUACCUGUCGGCGCCCGAGCGCGAGCACCUCGCCAGCAGCCUGAAGCUCACGUCCACACAGGUGAAGAUCUGGUUCCAGAAUCGCAGGUACAAGUGCAAGAGACAACGGCAGGACAAGUCUCUGGAGCUGGGCGCGCACGCGCCCCCGCCACCCCCGCGCCGCGUGGCGGUGCCGGUGCUGGUGCGGGACGGCAAGCCGUGCGUCACGCCCGGCGCGCAGCCCUACGGCGCGCCCUACAGCGUGGGCGCGGGCGCCUACUCCUACAACAGCUUCCCCGCCUACGGCUAUGGGAACUCGGCUGCCGCCGCCGCCGCCGCCGCCGCUGCCGCCGCCGCCGCCGCGGCCUAUAGCGGCAGCUACGGCUGUGCGUACCCGGCAGGCGGCGGCGGCGGCGGCGGGGGCGGCGGGGGUGGCGGCGCCUCCGCGGCGGCCUCGGCCCUGCAGCCCGCCUGCGGCGCGGCCGGAGGCAGCCCCUUUGUGAACAUGAGCAACCUGGGCGGCUUCGGCAGCGGUGGCGGCGCGCAGCCGUUGCACCAAGGGGCUGCGGCUGGGGCCGCGUGCGCGCAAGGCACCUUGCAGGGCAUCCGGGCCUGGUAG